AUGCACCUCGCCACUUAUUUCAUUCUAUUCUCACUGGCACACCGUAUUGCAGCAUUAUCUAUUCUCAAAAAUCCUCUCCAAGUUGCCAAGAAAGAAUAUGACUUUAUUAUCGUGGGUGGUGGACUGACUGGUCUCACAGCUGCGGCUAGAUUGACCAAAAAUAAAGACAUCACCGUACUGGUGAUUGAAAGUGGUUUCUUCCAGUCUACUCGGGGUCCUAUCGUUGAGAGUGUCACCGGUUUUGGUCAAGGCUUUGGGACUUCACUUGAUCAUAGCUUCCAGACUGUGUCGCUAGAUAUCAAUGGGCGCCCAUUGAUCAUCCAUUCAGGAAACGGUUUAGGUGGAUCAACAUUGAUCAACGGCGCCUCAUAUACCAGUCCGGCAAAAAUCCAAAUUGACUCUUGGGAAUCCCAUCUCGGAAACAGAGGAUGGAAUUGGAAAAAUCUUUCCUCUUACAUACGUGAGAUGGAGCAUGCCCACCAUCCAUCUCGCAAGCAAAUUGAAGCCGGUCACUUCUUUGACCCUCAUUGUCAUGGAGAUAACGGUGCAAUACAUGUUAGUGUUAGAGAUGAUGGGUCCCAGUACUCCCCUAUUAUUCCAUCAUUUAUGAAAAUGAUGGCUCGGCAUGGUGUUUCCACACAAAAGGAUCUAAGCUGCGGUGAUCCUCGCGGAGUAUCGAUGUUCCUCAACACUAUCCAUGAGAACCAAACUCGGUCAGAUGCAGCGAGGGAGCUACUACUUCCUAUUAUUGAUCGACAAAACUUAUGGAUCCUUGUUGGUCAGCGUGUCGGAAAGGUCUUAAUUGAUGAAAAGAGCUCAUCCUAUCGCGCAAAGGGAGUUGACUUUGGCACUGAUGGUGAACAAUUUGAGGUUUUUGCCAAACACGAGGUUAUCUUAGCCGCUGGUGCUCUUGUCAGUCCUCUUAUCUUAGAAUACUCUGGAAUAGGAGUCAAGUCUAUUUUAGAAACCGCAAAGGUUGACCAGAUCAUUGAUCUUCCAGUUGGGCAAAAUCUUCAAGAUCAGACAACUACUGCUCUCUCAACCCUCAUACACUCAAGAGGUGGAGGUCAAGGACAGGCUAUCUAUUUUGCGACCUGGAAUGAGAUAUUCAAAGGUUCUUCUCUCACUACUGCUCGUGGACUACUAGACUCCCAACUGGAUCAAUGGGCUCGAGAUGCAGUAUCAAAUGGUGGAUUUGGCAAUACCACGGCUCUAAAAGUCCAGAUGGAGAUGUACCGUGACUGGGUCUUGAAGCACAACGUGGCAUAUGCAGAGAUAUUCAUGGACGUGAGCCCAAAGUCAUUGGGAUAUUCGGCUUGGAUUCUACUUCCCUUCACCAGAGGCUAUAUCCACAUCUUGGAUAGUGAUCCAUAUCUUUGGAAGGUCGCCCUCAAUCCAAGAUACCUAGAGAACGACCUGGAUAGAUAUGCGCAAGCGGCUGCAUCUCAGCUUGUACGAAAUCUUACCAAAGACUCAUCUAUCCGGCAUUACAUUCAGGAAGAGAGAUUCCCUGGAUCUACAGUUCCCCAGAAUGCGACAGUCGAUGACUGGGUGUCACACGUCACUCGGAAUUUCCAGCCCAACUAUCACGCUAUUGGAACCUGCUCAAUGAUGGCAAAGGAGCUCGGUGGUGUAGUAGAUCCUUUCGGUCGAGUCUACGGCAUUCCGAAUCUUCGCAUUAUUGACGCUUCUAUUGUGCCCACUCAAGUUUCCGCACAUACAUCCGCAUUGCUAUACGGAAUGGCGGUUAAGCUGUCAGACUUUAUUCUUGCUGAUUAUUCCGAGUCACAUUCUGUCCAGAAAGAUUGA